UUUCGCUUCCGCGUUCCGGUUGUGGAGGCUGAGUGUUCGGGGCUUGGCGUCUUUUCUCGUCAGUUUUCUCUGUCGCUUCUGGAGUGCUUUGGAGCGAGGACUAUGGCAGCUGAGGACGCCACUUCAGGCAGCCUGUCAGAGGAGAGCAGUGCUUUGGACCUGCCAUCUGCGUGUGACAUAAGAGAUUAUGUCCUGCAGAGACCCAGCCAAGACACCAACAGUGAGGCUUUCAGUUCUGUGGAAUUCCAUUCUUUUCCUUGCUCUUCUGAUGUGGAUCCAGACACCAGUAACCUAAAUACAGAACAAAAUAACUCUUGGGCCUCUGAGAACUUCUGGCUUGACCCUGCUGUGAAAGGCCAAUCAGAGAAGGAAGAAGACGAUGGCCUUCGGAAAUCCCUGGAUAGAUUCUAUGAAAUGUUUGGCCAUCCACAGCCAGGCUCUGUGAACCCACUCUCUGCAUCUGUCUGCAAGUGCCUGUCUCAGAAAAUCACUCAACUAAGAGACCAGGAGAGCCAAAGGUCACUUCACAGUGCACGGCUGUCUCUCUGCUGGCUUUCUCUAGUGGAAAAUCACCUUCCCUGUGUAUCUGAGAACUCAGUCCUCAUGAGCAAGUUCACAGUCAGAGAAAGAACAUAUUAAGGAUCCGAAACAUCUGAAUGAUAGCCCAUUUGUGAUAGACGAUUCUCUCGGCAAAUACGACUGUGGACCAGACCAGGCCCGUCUGAUUGUUUGACACCCAAAGGCCUUCUUCUCUCAUUGCCUUUUUCUUAGAUCCUGAAAGCUGUGCAUCAGAGAUAGCAGUUUUACCAGCAACCGAACCAAGCGUUCUCCAAAUCCUCCCAAGGGAAUCCUUUCCAUCUGCUGUCUCAGUAGGCGGUACACUGAUGAAGACACAUGGUUUAGCGUUCCUGCCCUCUGUUAUUUUCUCCUCUGCUUCCUUCAGCAUUUGCAGCUUAAUGUCAGAUGCCUUAAGCACACGUUAUUAUUUCAUGAGAAUGUAACUCAUGUUUAUUCAAACUGGGGGACUUUUUUGGUUGCCCUUACAAGCUCCUCCUAGGAUCCUGAUUAAUUCUUGUCACAUUGUCUCCCUAGAAGGCGUGAGAACCAUUAGGAUGUCUGGUGUGCAAUUGUCAGUUGCUCUGGUUAGAAUCCCUGGAUCCAAAAUUGCCUAACCCUGCCCUGAUUUUCACAUUAUUUCCCUUAUUAUUAUGUCCUCAAGGUCUCUCCUUUUCCGUCUCUCUUUUUCAAUAUAUAUUUAAAGGUCUCCAUCAUUUUUAAAAAAUUGUACACACACACAUAUCCAUGCACUUUUCAAAACUCGAUUUAAUCAUAGUUUACUUCUGUUCAACUUCUCCUCUCCCCUUUGGUCCCAUCUUCUAGACCCACAGCCAAGAUGCACGAAGCUGCUGAAAUUUGGAGACAGGGAAGACCUAGGCUGGGAACCCCUG